AAGAGGAGCUGGAGCCGAGCUGGGCAGCAGCAGCCACAGCACAGAGAAACAGCCCAGCCUCUCCCAGCAAGCUCUUCCUCCAGUCUCUCGCCCGUCCGUUGCAGAAUCUGCACCGAUUGUGCUGGAGAAGAACUACACACACCGUGUCUCUUUUGAUGAUGUCUACUGAGCAAAUGCAGCCCCUGGAGCUGUCAGAAGACAGACUGGACAAGCUAGACCCUCGCUGCAGCCACUUGGAUGAUCUUCCAGAUCAGUUCAUUAAGGGCUGCGAUCUCAAAAAGAAGCCAAGAAAGGGGAAAAAUAUGCAGCCCACCCUUAAUGAGGAGUCAGACCAGAAGAAACCAAGGAGGAAAGACACACCUGCCCUGCACAUCCCCCCUUUUAUCCCAGGUGUGAUUUCAGAACAUUUAAUUCAAAGAUACGAUAUUCAAGAGAGACAUCCAAAGAGCAAAAUGAGCCCAGCUCUUCAGAACACUGACCUGGAACAGAAAAAGCCAAGGAGAAAAGACACACCUGCCCUGCACGUGCCCCCCUUUGCAGCAGGUGUAACACUGCUCAGGGACGAGAGACCCAAAGUGAUCAUGGAAGAUGAUGAAAAGGAUGGCGACAAGAUAGCUAUUUAAAGACAUCUCCCCUGAGAUCACGUGUAAAUAGGUUAGAUUUGUUCCCUAUGGUGACCUAGAGUAAAAAUAGACUUGUUUCUGCUCUGAUUUCAUCCUAGUUUGACUCAGAUCUAGACACCUCUCUCUCAGGGGACACACUGUAUCAGAUUGCCAGUCACCUCUUUGUCUUUUUCUCCUUGAGUUUGGUUUCUAGUCCCACUUUCUGAAUUCUUCAAUGCAACGGAAAGGAAAUAGAUCAUGCCAAAUUAGGAGGUAACAGGAAAGCUCUGGUAUUCACUAUUCAUUUUCUGCCUCUUCUGGAUCAAUUCAUUGAGCAAAGAACAUGGAAAACAUGGGAAACCUUUGGUUCUGCUUUAUCUGUGGGGCAGAAUUUAGCUUAACAUCAUCCAAACACCAGUCCCAGCUGGAGUUCUCUCUUGUGAGUUGAACAGGUUAGAUCAUUCGUGUUCUGACUCACUGAUUGUUUUGGAAUGUGAUCUUUUAUUCCUCCUGUUUUAUUUUAAGAGUCAAUUCUGGUGAUAUUCCUGAAAUCUUUGUGGCUGAUACUAUAAAGUUGAGUUUAUAAGCUGGGAGAGUCAAUCCAGUGUAUCAUACCUGACUGAGAAUAACAGAAGUGGAGAAUGCUGGUAUCCAAGAAGUUCACCGUAUCUCUUCAUAUUUACUUUUUAUUUCUAUAAACAACAGUUCUUAACCACACUGCCCUGACAUUUAUGAAUUGGGUCCCAAGUGAGUCAUUACUAAGGACAACUAAAAUACCAAUGUCUGUGAUUAAUCUGUUUCUUUAAAAAAUAAGGCCAACUGAAAGCCAUUCUGAUACUUUUGGCAUCUGACUUAUUUAGGCUCCAAUAAUCCUUCUUAAAAAGGAGGGGAGGGCUGGGGAUUUAGCUCAGCGGCACAGCGCCUGCCUGGCAAGUGCAAGGUCAUGAGUUCAAUUCCCAAUACUGGAAAAAAAAAAAAAAAAGAAAAGAAACAAAAACAAAAAAGUAGGAGGGGAAAGUGAAAUGUUACCUAAUGAGCUGUAUUUAAUCCCUGUCCCAGGCUGCGAACUGUGGGAGCCUGGGGUGGGAGUGGGGAUUUGUGCAUUGACCUCGUCCGUGAGGCAGUAGAUAGGGAAAAGGUGAGAACUAUUAUUAAAAGGAAGAAAAGUAGAUGUUCAGAUCAUCAUACUGAAGAGUGACAAUGUGCAAUUUAUCUCUGUGUAGCCUGGUUCCAACCAUUUGUUCACCCCUUUGUCCUUCUGUACCCCUCACACACAUGGAAAAGAUGAAAGAUCCUGCUGGAAAUAAAAGUACUUCCA